UGUUUUCGGUACGGAUUUCGUAGUGACAAGCGAGUUGUCGGAGUGAAAUGUCUGUGGACUGUGCAGGUUUUUACUGCCGCACUUUUAUUUUGAUAGCGACCGGACGUACCGGAUACAGGAAGUGUUCCGUCGAGAUUGUGUAGCUGGAAGGACCGGAAGGUCGGUUAAUAGUUGUUUUUUUUUUAAUUGAGACAAAAGUAAACAUAUACAGCAAAUGGCAUCAAUUUCAAGUGACUAUCCAGGAUGAAAUACUGCCACAACAGGCUGCUUUAAAACAGAAAGUGAAUGUCAGAUAGGGGAAUUAAUGUAUACCUAAUUAACAAUAUAAAUUGUAAAAAAGAUGGUAUGAGAUAGUAAAUAUCUCAAUUUAAUUCAGUCGUUUGUUCUGUAGCUUUUUUGUUACCUAGCUUUGUUUUAUCGAGCUCCAUGGCUGUAUCUACCAAGCAAACUGUAGCUGAGCUUAUCGCUUUAGCUGUGUUUGCAUUAUUGUACUUCAUUCGAGCCAAACCAGAGGACAAUUCUGUGGAGACACCCACCACCCUCCAGUGCGUCAUGGUCCCAGAGAGACGCUUUGACUGCGCCCGGGACAGAGUGCUCAGUAAGAGGGAAUGUGAGGAGAGGGCUUGUUGUUACUCUCCACUCAAUGACUCAAGAGCUCCAUGGUGCUUCUACCCUCAUUCAUACCCUGGCUACACAAUGGGGCCCCUGACCCCCACCCAGAGGGGGCAGGCUGCCACCCUGACCCGUGCCGCCGCCUCAUACCUGCCCAGAGAUGUCAGCACUCUUUACCUAGAAGAGUCACAGGAGUCUGCGGGCUGUUUACGCCUCACUAUGAAGGAUCCAUGGUCACCUCGGUAUGAAGUUGACCUCCCUGAUGGAGUCCCUCAGGGCAAAGCCAGUAGUCAAGAUGCCCUCUAUGCCAUAGAAUACAAGACCAAUCCAUUUGGCUUCACUGUGACGCGUAAAUCCAAUGGGAGGGUCAUCAUGAAUACCACAGUGGCGCCUGUGCUGUUUUCUGACCAGUACCUUCAGCUUUCCACCACCCUAGCCUCCUCUCUUGUGUCAGGCCUUGGAGAGCACUACACCUCCCUGAUUUUGGACCUUAACUGGACCUCCCUGACCCUCUGGAACAGAGACAUGGCCCCUCAAGCUGAUGCAAACCUCUACGGCUCUCAUCCGUUCUACAUGGUACAGGAGGAGGAUGGUCUGGCACAUGGAGUGUUCCUUCUCAACAGCAAUGCCAUUGAGGUAAUCUUGCAGCCUCUGCCAGCUCUGACUUGGGUGUCCACAGGUGGAAUCCUGGAUUUAUACAUCUUCAUGGGUCCAGAUCCUCAGACUGUUAUACGACAAUACCUGCAAGUCAUUGGGUAUCCCAUGAUGCCCCCCUAUUGGUCACUGGGCUUCCAUCUGUGUCGCUGGGGCUACGCAAGCACUAAUAUCACCCGGAAGGUGGUACAGCGGAUGCAUGAUGCUAACUUACCUUUGGAUGUACAGUGGAACGACCUCGACUAUGCAGCCGAGCGCAGGGUAUUCACCUUUGACUCCUUGCGCUUCGGGGACCUGAAAGAGAUGGUGGAGGAAUUCCACAAAAGAGGCAUGAAGUACAUCCUCAUCCUGGACCCAGGCAUCAGCACCACGAGUCCUCCAGGAACUUACCAUCCCUUUGAUGAUGGACUGAAACGAGAUGUGUUUAUAAAAAAUGCCACAGGUGACCUCCUAAUAGGGAAGGUUUGGCCUGGGCCCACAGCGUUCCCUGACUUCACCAACCCGGAGACACAACAGUGGUGGGAGGACUGUAUCAGGGUUUUUUAUGCGAAAGUUCCUGUGGAUGGAUUAUGGAUUGAUAUGAACGAACCAACCAGUUUCAUUGCGGGCUCAUUGGAGGGUUGUCCUGACACAGACCUUGAGAACCCACCAUACACUCCCAGGGUUAUUGGUGGUCGCUUAAACUCAAAGACUAUUUGCAUGUCGGCUCAACAAAAGCUGUCCACUCACUACAACCUGCACAAUAUGUACGGACUGACUGAAGCCUUCGCCACUCACAGUGCUCUUGUGAAAAUACGAGGGAAGAGGCCGUUUGUCCUGUCUCGCUCCUCUUACCCGAGCAUCGGACGCUUCUCUGGCGUGUGGACAGGAGACGUUAGGAGCGACUGGGAGCAGCUGCGAUACUCCAUCCCUUCCGUGCUACAAUUCAGCCUGUUCGGGGUGCCUCUGGUGGGGGCGGACAUCUGUGGCUUCGAAGGCAACACCACAGAGGAGUUGUGCGUACGAUGGAUGCAGCUUGGAGCCUUUUAUCCAUUCAUGAGGAAUCACAAUGACAGGCCAUAUGCUUCUCAGGAGCCGUUUGUUUUUGGGCAGAAGGCCCAGGCGGCCAUGCGCAUUGCACUGAACCUUCGUUACUGUCUUCUGCCAUUCCUCUACACCCUCUUCCAUCAUGCACACACCUCCGCAGACACGGUGGCCAGGCCUCUUUUCAUGGAGUUUCCCACUGACCCUAACAGUCAGACCAUUGACAGACAGUUCCUUUGGGGGAGUUCUCUCCUCAUCAGCCCAGUCUUAGAGGAAGGUGCAGUGGAGGUUGCAGCUUACCUGCCUCCCUGCACGUGGUACAGCCUACACAAUGGUCAGCCUUUGUACAGCGAAGGUCGGUUCCUGGUCCUGUCAGCUCCUUUGGACACGAUCAACAUCCACGUGAGGGAGGGACACAUUAUCCCCCAGCAGGAGUCUGGUUUAACAACAACGGCCUCACGCAGAAACCCCUUUGUCCUGACGGUCGCGCUGUCAGCAGCAGGCUCGGCCCAGGGUGACUUGUUCUGGGAUGACGGGGAUAGUAUUGAUACCUUUGAAAGGGGAAAUUAUUGUUACAUUAUCUUCACUGCUUCACAGUCCCAGGUGGUGAGUGACCCCAUUAGAAUGAAUGGAGCACUGGAUGGUCUCAUACUGGGCAGAAUGCAGGUGUUUGGGGUACUCUCACAGCCUCAAUACGUCGUAGCCAAUGGAGAGAAAGUCAGGGAUUUCCUGUAUAACCGUGACACAAAGGUUUUAAAAGUGAGCAGCCUGGCCUUGCCCAUGUCAAAGAUGAUUACAGUCCAGUGGGCUCUGUGAUGCACUGAUAUCGAUUACCCAUUUUUUAAGAACGAUUCCAAAUAUGGCAAAAGCUUGCAGUGCCUGUAACUGUCCUGUAGAGUAUGUGUAAAACUGUAUAUGUUUUUGAAUCUUAUUAAUUAAAAAGCAAAAACUAUUCAGAAUGUUGUAAAUAUAGUUUUGUAAAAAUGACAGAUUUUAUGAGGUACACACAUAAAAAAGGAUAUCAUACUGUAUAUCUUAGCUGCUAGACAAUUGUUUGAUGACUUUGUUUCAAAGAUCACCACUAUCUUAAAAUUAGCAUCCUAACGCUGCCCCUGUUUGCUAACAACAUUUGAUCCACUUCCACUUCCAG